AUGAACCUUAUACCAGUGGUUGUGUGUUUUAUUAUAAUCAUAAUUUUGAUGAAAAUUCUUCAUCGGAUGAGAAACAAAAGAAUGUAUCAACUACUGAAGCAGUUUCCUUCUUUUCGUGCUUAUCCUCUAAUUGGGAAUGCGUAUAUAUUUUUGGGUUCAUUUGAUGGUUUACUACAGAAAGCAGAAAGGUAUGUGAAGCCAUAUGAUCGCCUCCUGUUCUGGCUUGGUUCUACACCAUGCUUAGCUUUGAAAAAAUAUGAAGAUAUUGUGACGAUAUUAAACCACAGUCAGAAUCGAGAUAUGAUAGGUGUAACAGAUCCAUGGUUGGGUACAGGCUUGAUGAAUGCUGGAUAUAAACACUGGAGAACAUCAAGAAGAAUUCUGAAUCAAGCUUUCAGCUCAGAUAUGCUAAUUAAAUAUAUUGAAGUCUUCAACGAGAAAUCCUCAGAUCUCGUGGAGAAAUUGAGGCCAGCAGCAAAUACUGGUAAAGCAGUAGACAUUAUGGAAUACAUGAUGGAAACGAAUCUAGACGCUAUUCUAGAAAAUUCAAUGGGAGUUUCAAUUCAAAGUAGUGGUAAACACGGAGAAAACUUUUGGAAAGCAGUUCUCACAUUAAUCCACAGCGGAGUAAAACGUGUUCAGUCCCCUUGGCUGCUUUCGUAUUACGUUUACUGGAUCUAUCUAAGAAUUACGGGCGUAAUUAAAGCUGUCCACCAUUUACAAUUUCUGCCAACUAAAAUAUUGAGAGAAAGGAUGAAUAAUUCUCAAGCUUCUCAGUAUAUGGAGAUUCCUGCUGAUGAUCGUUCAUCCAGAACUAUAGUCGGUUUACUAAUGAAAAAAUAUCUCGAAGAACCCGACUUUACUGAAACACGUAUGAAAAAUGAACUAUUACAAAUAAUUUUUCCGGGACUCGAAACGACAUCACUGACUGCAUGCAAUCUAAUGUUGAUGUUAGCGAUACAUCAAGAUAUUCAGCAAAAAGUUUACGAAGAAAUUAUCCGCCUGGAGGUAGACAAUGAUGGCAAACUGAGCAUGGAUGAUUUGAAUAAUCACUUGAAAUAUUUGGAUCAAUGUAUCAAAGAAACGUUAAGAAUGUAUAGUCCAGUAAUAAUAACUACCCGACGUACUCACAAAGAAGUUCCAUUAAAAGAUGGUGUAAUUGUUCCAGCCAACAUGUUUGUUGUGGCAUUUAUACAUUUUGUAAAUUAUGAUCCUGAACUGUAUGAAAACCCAUUCAAAUGGGAUCCGGAGCAUUUUAAUAUGCAAGCUGUGGAACGUCGACCGAGAGGUACUCCGAUGAAUUUUGGAUUUGGACCAAGAUCUUGUAUAGGAUCUAAAUAUGCAAUCAUGUUUGUCAAAUCACAAAUGGUCCAUAUUUUACGUAAUUACCAUUUAUCAACUAAUAUUAAAGAAGUUCGACACGAGGAUUUGAUAACUGAUCUGAGCGUCAAACCUAAAUUUGGAUAUCCUAUUAUAUUCAACAGUAGAAAAAAAUGAUAUGGAAUUGUAAGAAUUAUUUUAAUAGAUAUUUUCAUGUUCCGAAUAAAACGAAACACGUGCAGUUG